UCCAAGACGUACACAAAUUAGAUAGCCGACAGAUAGAAUUUAGCCGAGCAUUCUUUUUGCCCGACAGCCGACUUCUAAUUUAAUCUUAUGAAACAGGACUCGAGAGCCGCCUGACACACACGAGAAAUCAACAAUAUUCUUCUACAUAAAAAUUUCAUAUUCCCUAAUAAUUAUUGUCAGCGCUGGGCUUGUGUCCAGUUGGUGGUCAGCCUUUCUCCAAGAUGGACUACCCGUACCUCAACCAACCAAGCUUCGACGCUGCUAACUGUGGCCUACCCGGAAUGGACGCCUCUCUACAGAACUGCAACAUACCGUGUUCCUAUGGGGACUCGGGCCCCUUCGCUCAGAUCCCUGGACAGGGGUACCGCUACAAUGGGGUGCGGACCUUCCCCACCGUCACCAACCCGAGCCUUGGGGGGUCAGGAAGCUGUUCUAUGGUCCCCCGGCCCCGUGAGCACCCUCAGCCGCCUGUCUUCCCUUCUGGAAUUUUUGGCCAGGGUGAGCAGGCACGCGCAGGACAUAUCCGAGGUCUGCCCUACAAGAUGUACCAGCAUGCGCACGAGAGUUCCGUGAACCCCGAGAAACGGAAACAGCGUCGUAUCAGGACGACCUUCACCUCUGCACAACUCAAGGAACUGGAGAAGGCGUUCGCCGAGACUCACUAUCCGGAUAUCUACACCCGUGAGGAGAUCGCCAUGAAGACAGACCUUACGGAAGCCAGGGUUCAGGUGUGGUUCCAGAACAGGCGUGCGAAGUUCCGGAAGAUGGAGCGAAUGAAGCAACAACAGCAGACGUCACAACAGCAGAACAGCAACUCCAGUAAUAAAGACGCCAACAACAGCAACAACUCAAAUAACAACAAUAACAAUAACAACAACAAUAACAACAUCAAUAAAGACAAACCCAAGUCAAUGGAAGAACCAACGAACCAAUCAGGAAAGGUCCAGUCUGACAGCACAAAAUGGUCGAGUCCACCUCCAGCCCCAAGCAAGGCAACUCCGGGACACCAGACACCCCCAUCGCUUCAUGGACCCUACUCCAGCGUAUUAAGCAACUCUGGCUCAGACUACAACCCCGCUACCUCAUUGGAUAAAAAUCCGCCACUUACAGCCGGAAUGUUGUUUUAAUGGCAACAUUUUGUGGACUAUUGAAACUGCGAUGACGUCAUUUGUGACGUCAUGAAAAUAACAGAGUAAUAUAUGGCCAUCGGUCACGGAAAAAAGCCAAACAGAGACUCCAUGAUUUGGCGCAGAUUUGAAGGUGUGACCUUGACCUCUACUCUGAAGAUGCCGGAAGUUGUCCGAUCUCCGGACAAAACCGGAUCUCUGAAGGCAAACCGGUUGGGAUGGCCUGGUACGGAGUGUUGGCGUGUAGAGAUGUACAUACCAACAGCAGCAGCUCGGCGUGGAGCUAGCUCUUAUAGUGUAUAUAGCUGCUAGCUGUGGUGAUCUGUCGUCCAACAUAGAGUAGGUUCUCACAGUACAUGUAUUGUCAUUUAUGUGCCAUUAAAAAUUUGUCAUCUUUCA